CCCAUCGUGACCCGAGUCAAAUCAUUAUAGCGAAGUGAUCUUGGCAGGGCGGAGGAUUCUCAAGUUGUUUAACUUGUUUGCUUGGAAAGUUUGGGGGGGGCAAUGAUACCCCUCCUGAACCUGAAUCAAUGACGAGAUGCCAGCGAGUCGCGCGUGAGGGAGGGGGGUUCAUUGGUGUCGAGGCAAAGCCUUUCCGCGGGGCGAAGAGAGAGAGGCGUGUUGUUGGAUCUGGGUUGAUCGGACACCAAGUGGCACGACUGCACUAUCGGACGGUAGUACGGGAUGGGGGGACGGACUACUGAAGUAUAUACUACUUGGUGUAGCAGUAGACUGUAGUUAGUAGUAUACUGUACCUACUUGAGAAGUAGUUAAGGGGGGGCAGUGAUAAUGGUAACAAUGGUAAUAGUUACUGGG